AUGAAACCAGAACAAUCUCCUGAAAAUGAAGAUGUGACUCCGUCUAAAAAAAAACUAAAACAAGCUCGUCUUCCAUUUAAACUUUUAACCGAAACUUCACCAAAAGCGGAGGUAAUACAAACAAGAAAAAGAAAGUUAUCUGUACCAGAUCAACAACCAGUGACAAAAGUUGGAAAAAUUAUUAAUGAAAAUGUUAUUAACGAAUUGGUUGUUGUCAGCGACGAUGAAAGCAAGGAUGAGUCUAAUCAGGAACCUAAAGAAAACGGAAAGCAACUUAAUCCUUUUGUUAAAUUGGUUGAUUCUGCAAGAAAAAAGAAAUUACAGAAAUCGAAAAAGAAGAAAAGGGGCCCUAAGUCAAAAACAAAUGCAACUGUGCUAAUUAAAGACAAUGAAGAGGUCAAUGAAAUAGACAAUGAUGAUGUUGACACUGAGAUGGAAGUUGAUACCAUGCCAGAACCUAAUGAAACUGUAACUAUAGCAUCUGAUAAAAUACUAUCGCAGAAUAAUAGUGAGGCACCAUCUUUCCAAGAAAAAACCUUAAAUAAAUUCAAGUCUGUAGUAAGCCCAACGACACCAAGAAGAUCAGCAAGGCAGAAAGCAGAAUCUAUUGAUAAAAGUUUAAACUCAUCCCAAGUUAGCAGUUCAGAGGCUGGAUCUAAUCAAAAUACACCUAAAAGGUCAACCAGAAGCUCUUCAGUGGUCAGAAAUGAAGAAAACAACACAACAACUGAAUCUCCUAACAAUAAUCUGACACCUAAACAGUUACAAAAAAAGUUGGAAUAUGCUAAGAAAAAAGAGGAGCGUGAAAAAAAAAGACAACUAGAGAAAGAAGAAAAGGAAAAGCUAAAGCAAGAGAAAGAGGCACAGAAGAAAAAGGAGAAAGAAGAAAAAGAGGAAGCUAAAAGAAAGGAAAAGGAAGAAAAGGAGGAGCAAAGAAGAAGGGAGAAAGAAGAAAAAGAAAAACAAAAAGAGCUUGAAAAAAAACUCAAAGAAGAAAAAGAAGAACAGAAACGUAAAGAAAAAGAAGAGAAAGAGGAGCAAAAGAAAAAAGAAAAGGAAGCCAAAGAGGAAGAAAAGAGAAAAAGACAGGAGGCUCUAGAAUUAGAAAAGCAAGAACAAGAGCAUAAAAAGAAAAAGGCGGCUGAAGCAUUUGUUAGUUUCUUUGUACCAAAACAGAAGACUGAAAAGGAUCAAAUAACAGUGGGUCUUAGUAAUAAUGAUAUGCUUUCAAAUUUCACAAUAAAAGCAGAUAUGAGAUUAGCACCAGCUGUAAGAAAUCCCUUGACGAAAGAAAGAAAACAGGCACUGGAAAUGUUUUUAGAUAAACAGGAUGUUAGCGAGUUGUACAUUAAAAGUAUUAGGAAUGGCAACAUUAAACCAUUAGGCAGUGGUAAAACUUGGCCGUUGAGUGAAAAUGAUAAUGAUGUUAUGAUUGUGGAAGAUGAACUGCCUCCUAUUGACGGUGCUGGUGAGAUUAUCUCAUGCGACAGUGGUGUCCGGGAAAAACUUCGUCCAAAACUUCUUAGUUUUCAUGAAAACAGACGUCCGCCUUACUGGGGUACCUGGAGGAAGAAAAGUGCCUUUAUUAAUCCUAGGAAGCCAUUUAAAAUGGAUCAGAAUCAAUUAGACUAUGAAGUGGACAGUGAUGAAGAAUGGGAGGAAGAGGAUGGAGAGAGUAUAGACGGAAGUGCUGCUGGCAGCGACGAUGAGCAGGAACCUGAUGAAUAUGAAGUGGACAACGAAGUAUUUGUGCCGCAUGGUUAUCUCAGUGAUGAGGAAGCUACCAUGGACGACGAUGAUGUACUCUCUCUCUCGCCAGAAACACAAAAGGCUAAAUUGAAACACUUAGAAGAUGAAUUUGAAUCUGAGUUAAAAAAACCAAUGGAAAAGUUGAAACCUCGACUCUACGGUCCAUUAUGGGAAACUGCUGAUGGUGGAAAACCCGAAAAAUGUGUUGAUGCUCUGUGGAAUUAUUUCAGCAAAGUAACCAUGAUUAUGAAUGAUCCCACUCCGCUGAUGCGACCUUCAGCUGAACCAGAGAUGACAGAAAAGAAAAAAACUAAAAAGAAAAAGAAAGAAAUUGCCACAGACACUGAACAAAAUAGUCCAACUGCAGAAAAAAAGAAAAAGAAAAAAGUUGUAGCAAAAGGCAAUAAACAAAAAAUAGAAAAAUUCGAGAAAAAUCAAUUAGGUAUUAAUGCUUUUUUGGCAAAAGUAAAAUCUUCGUGA